CAGAUGUCGAAGAGCAAGCCGCGGUAGCAAAACAGCGGUUUUUCAACGAGAAGAUUGACUGUGUCAUCAUCACUUGGAAAGGAUGUUGCCAUCUACCUAUCGUUCGGGAAAUUACUAGAAAUGCCGGUUCGUAGGGGGCAUGUUGCUCCUCAAAACACCUUUAUUGAGACUAUUAUCCGGAAAUUUGAUGGUCAGAAUCGGAACUUCAUUAUCGCAAAUGCCAAAGUGCAGGGCUGCGCUAUUAUCUUCUGUAACGAUGGAUUUUGCGAAUUGUGUGGAUAUUCUCGAGCGGAACUUAUGCAAAAGCCUUGUUCCUGUGACUUUCUGUACGGAGAAAAUACGAGUGAAAAAGCGAUAGAAGAGAUAAGAUUUGCGCUUGAGAAUGGAGAGGAAAAACAAGUUGAAGCUACGUUUUACAAAAGAAAUGAAAUCAUGUAA